ACUGUAAACUUUAUACUGUAGGUAACAUAAUGGGAGUCCAUCUACUGUUGCUGUUGUUAGGCAUAGCCUUUGCUUUUGCAGUCCCAUUGCCGCGUGAAACAGGAAAGGAUGAAAACAGUAUGCAGUUUGCACAGGACUACCUCAAGCAUUUCUAUAAUCUCAAGAUGGAUGUUCCACUUUCUAGAAAGUCUGCACUGAAUCCAUUAGUGGAAAAACUCCGUGAGAUGCAGAUAUUUUUUGGUCUGAAUGUAACUGGUAAAUUAGAUUCUAAAACCUUAGAAGUAAUGAAAGCACCGCGCUGUGGAGUUCCUGAUGUUGGUGAUUACAGCACAUUCCCUGGUCAGCCAAAAUGGAAUAAGAAAGAAAUAACAUACAGAAUUGAAAACUAUACUCCUGAUAUGGCAGCUGCUGAUGUGGAUCAUGCCAUUGCAAAGGCUUUUCAGGUCUGGAGUGAUGUCAGCCCACUGAUGUUUAAAAGGAUUUAUAGAGCCACAGCUGACAUUAUGAUUUUGUUUGGCAGAAGAGAGCAUGGUGACUACUAUCCUUUUGAUGGACCUCAUAGGACACUAGCCCACGCUUUUGCUCCUGGACAAGGAAUUGGUGGAGAUGCUCACUUUGAUGAGGAUGAAACUUGGUCUAAGGGCCAUCAAGGAUACAACCUGUUUCUUGUAGCAGCUCAUGAGUUUGGUCAUGCAUUGGGACUGGGCCACUCCAAUGAUCCAGGUGCUUUAAUGUAUCCAACUUACUCAUUUGUGAACCCAAAUCAUUUCCGUCUUCCUCAAGAUGAUAUUAAUGGAAUUCAAAGCCUAUAUGGUCGCUCUACUAACCCUGUCCAACCGACUGGACCAUCCACACCAGAGACUUGUGAUCCUAAUAUCGUCUUUGAUGCUAUUACUACAUUACGUGGGGAGAUUAUAUUUUUUAAAGACAAAUUCUUCUGGAGAAAACACCCCCAGUCAGUAGACAUUGAGUUACACUUAAUUUCAUCAUUUUGGUCAUCAAUUCAGGGACCUGUUGAUGCUGCUUAUGAAAAUCCUGUUCGUGAUCUGGUAAUGAUUUUCAAAGGAACUACUUUCUGGGCAUUGAAUGGGUAUGACUUAGUACGUGGCUAUCCCAAGAGCAUCGACAGUUUGGGCCUUCCUCUAAGUAUUAAGAGACUUGAUGCUGCCGUACAUAAUGAAAAUAAUGGAAAAACAUAUUUCUUCGCUGGAGACAAGUACUGGAGUUAUGAUGAAAUCAGAAAAAAGAUGGACAGAGGUUAUCCAAAACGUAUUGCAGUAGAUUUUCCAGGCAUUAACUUUAAAGUGGAAGCUGCAUUUCAGUACUACGGGUACUUGUACCUCUUCAGUAAGGGACAGCAGUUUGAAUACGACAUUAUAACCCAAAGAGUAAUCCGUGUUCUCCAAAGCAACAGUUGGCUGGGUUGUUAAUAUCAUCUGAAUUCUGUUCCUGCUAUAUACAUACUGUUGCUACAUUUCCAGACCACUGUGAUUGAUGCCAAGUACUUCUGUUACUGUUUCAUGAAGUGACUGCUAGAAAUAACAAACUGGUUCACAGAGGCAUAGAAACAAAAAU